ACUGGCAGCUGAAUGCCAGAGCGCCGGCUACCCAGGGACCCUCAUCCCAUACAAGUGCGAUCUCUCCAACGAAGAGGAGAUCCUGUCGAUGUUCUCCGCCAUCAAGACCCUUCAUCAAGGAGUUGAUGUCUGCAUCAACAACGCGGGGCUGGCUCGCCCGGAGCCCCUGCUCUCCGGGAAAACGGAGGGCUGGCGGACAAUGAUAGACGUCAAUGUGAUGGCUGUGAGCAUCUGCACCCGAGAGGCCUACCAGUCCAUGAAAGAGAGAAACAUUGAUGAUGGGCAUAUUAUUAACAUUAACAGCAUGAACGGCCACAGCGUUGUGCCACAGUCGGUGGUGCAUUUUUACAGUGCCACCAAGUACGCCGUGACAGCCCUCACGGAGGGGCUGAGGCAAGAACUCAGAGAAGCAAAGACUCAUAUACGAGCUACAUGUAUAUCUCCAGGACUGGUGGAAACGGGAUUUGCUUUUAAACUUCACGAUAACGACCCUGAGAGAGCUGCUGCAACCUAUGAGAGCAUUCGGUGUCUCAAAGCUGAAGAUAUGGCUAACGCUGUCAUAUAUGUCCUCAGCGCCCCACCUCACGUACAGAUCGGAGACAUACAGAUGAGGCCCACGGAGCAGAUAUCAUAGCGGACGAAGAGGACCGUGAGCAGCACCGGGUAUCCACUCCACUUCGAACCUUCCGGCAAUUUUAGGGUGUCGGCGGCUGGCUAGCAAUUAUGUAAUCAAGUACCAAGGACUGUGUUUGAAGAAUUCUUUGUCUCUCCCUCUCUCUGAGCUGGUGCUGGUGCUGAGCCAGUUUAAAAGGAAAUAGGAGUGGGUCUCUUUCUCCCUCACUCUUUUAUGAAACUGCUCAAGAGAAAAACAUGUUUGAAAAUAAUGCAGGGAAGUGGUUUGUG